AAUCGAUGUUAUCGAUAAUUAGAAACGUUGCUAACUUCACGAAAGUCAAAAACUCGUCCAUUUCGUCUUUAACUGUAUCACUGGCUAGAAGAACUCUGGUUCAGCGCUGCUCAAAAUAAACAAAGAUUUGAAUACCUCGACCAGAUUUCUACAUAAAAUGGCUGCUGCUGGCAAAGAUAUUGAGAAACCCCAAGGUGCUGAUUCCUCCUCGGUUCACCGCAUCCGUAUCACUUUGACCUCCAGGAAUGUACGUUCCUUGGAAAAUGUGUGCCGUGAUUUGAUCAAUGGCGCCAAGAACCAAAACUUGCGUGUCAAGGGUCCCGUACGCAUGCCAACCAAAACUUUGCGCAUCACCACGCGUAAGACUCCUUGUGGUGAAGGUUCCAAGACUUGGGAUCGUUUCCAGAUGAGAAUCCACAAGCGCAUCAUCGAUUUGCAUUCUCCCUCUGAGAUCGUUAAGAAGAUCACCUCCAUUAACAUUGAACCUGGCGUAGAAGUUGAGGUCACAAUUGCCAACUAAAUACACUUUACAUCGGUAUAGAUGUAUAUGAUACAAGAUAAUUCUUUUUAAUAAAAGAUGACUAAACUGUAAAAA